UGACCGCGGCAGCACGUGACGCCGCCCAACAUGGCUGCGCCCUGCGGCCCCGGGGCGCUGCCCCGCCUGCUGCCCCUCUUCCUGGCCCUGGCCCUGGCCCUGCUGCUGGCGGCGGGGACGGACCCGGACCCGGACCCGGAUUCGAAUCCGGAUUCGGAUCCGGCUCCCGGCGGGGCCUGCGGCUGCGGGGCCGGCCGCGGCGGCGGGCGGGAGGCGGCGGCGCGGCGCUACGCGGCGGCAGCGGGCGGCGGCGGCAGCGGCAGGAGCGGGCCGAUGGUGGCUAUUCCGGGAGGAGAGUUCACGAUGGGCACCGAUGAGCCGGAGAUCCGGCAGGAUGGAGAGUGGCCUGCCAGGAGAGUGCGCGUUAACGGCUUCUACAUGGACCAGCACGAGGUCAGCAACAAGGAGUUCGAGAGGUUCGUGAAUGCUACCGGGUACCUCACGGAGGCAGAGAAAUUUGGCGAUUCCUUUGUGUUUGAGGGAAUGCUGAGUGAAGAAGUGAAGUCUGAAAUCCAUCAGGCAGUUGCAGCUGCUCCCUGGUGGCUGCCUGUGAAGGGGGCCAACUGGAAGCACCCCGAGGGGCCUGACUCCAAUAUCUUCAGCAGAAUGGAUCAUCCGGUUCUUCACGUUUCCUGGAAUGAUGCUGUGGCGUUUUGCACAUGGGCAGGGAAGCGAUUACCAACCGAGGCUGAAUGGGAAUACAGCUGUCGAGGGGGCCUUGAGAAUAGGCUUUUCCCUUGGGGCAACAAGCUUCAGCCAAAAGGCCAACACUAUGCUAAUAUCUGGCAGGGAGUGUUCCCAAGCAACAACACUGCAGAAGAUGGGUACAAAGGAACUGCACCAGUCACUGCAUUUCCUCCCAAUGGAUAUGGCUUGUACAACAUCGUAGGAAACGCCUGGGAAUGGACAUCUGACUGGUGGGCUGUUCAUCAUUCAGCAGAGGAAGCUCAUAACCCCGAUGACUAAAUCCGAGAAGUGAACUGCUCCAUUCUCACAGAGCUUGUUUUGUUCAGACACAGUUAUCUGUAAUGAGAAAACGAGUUAAACCUCUCUGGGCAGGAGCUAUCUGUUGCUGCAGGAUUUGAGUAUCCCCAUGCUGUGGUCUCGUGUGAUACGCUGGCUUUGUCUGGUAUGCUGGACGUGAUCACAGCCCUGUCUGAGAAGUCAGCAAAUGGAAGCAGCUUGAGGAGCCUGUUAAACUUUUUCUGCUGGUCAGUACGUAGCAGAGGCUGACAUCCUGCUCUUCCAGAAGGAUGUUGCCAGCAUGAGAAAAUGGGCCCAUCUUGGGGUCUAAAUUGCCCUAGAUCUGUACAAGCAGUUUCAUCACCCUGGUGGAGAAUCUGGAGACCUGAUGUGUACCGAUCACGUUUUCUAUUCCUAGUAUUGAAGCAAGUUUGGCAGUAGAUAAUUCCAGAACAAAUAGAAAGUUGUGUUAUGUUUAAUCCCAUACGGUGCAUGAUGAACAUUAUGCAGUGGCUGUGGCCAAUUUCAAGUUAUUGUAUCCCAAUAAGAUCCUUCAGGUCUUUCUGGUGGCUUAAGCUAUGUAUCAGAUGAUUAUAUUUACACAUCUCUUCCCAAAUAACUGAAAUGUUGGGAAUGUAGUUUUUUUUGUUGUUUUUGCUCGAUUUAAAAGAAAUAGGAUGGGCCAUUCUUUACUUCUUGUUGGCAGGCAGUCAUAGUAGUUCAACAAUAGUUUAAAAAAAAAAGGCAGCAACACUCCUUUCCUUUGGAACCUUGGCUGUGUGGGAUUGCCAGGUGCUAUUUCUCGGUGUGUACAAAUAAGUCAGAUGAUGCCAUUUGAAAAUUUCAUGAUCAUUCAAAUUUUCUGCCCAUUUCUGUAAUAAUUCAGUAAUAAUGAAAAGCUGUAUUGGAUGAAUUCUCUUGAAUGUAUAAAUACACACCCGUCUCUUUCAAACACCAGCUCUUGCCUUGCAUACGUUCUGUGUUGAAUUAAGGUGCUGGUGACAAACGAGUUAUUUCACUUCAGAAUUUUGCUAUGUUAUGCAAACUCACAGUCUCUUACGUUUAGGUUUUUAAAUUCAGCACAAACAUUUGCCAAAUGCUUCAGAAAGGAUUUAGCAAGGAGGUGUCAAUAAGGAUGCUGUUAGUUUUUUUUCAAUUGGGAAGCCAAGUGUCAGGAUGUAAGGUCUGAGGCCAGGCCCUCCAAAGUGAAUUCCAAAGAGUUCUUCUGAUUAAAUGGAUAAAGAAACUGAAUCUCAUAAUGUGAAAAGCUGUCCCAAAAUAGCCAGGCUGCAGUAUCUUCUGAGACAUUAAAAAUGAUUAGCACCAUAUCUAUCAGAGCCAAUCUCUUAAGUCUCUCCAGAGUACAAGUCAAUGUAACCUAUAUAUAGGAUACGUUCCUUCUGCCUAAAAGACUAGGAGUUCUUCUAGAGGGUCAGUUUGGUGAAAGGUUUUCUUAUUUUUUUUAACACAUUUAGUGUAACAUCUGAAACCUUCCAUCUUCUAGAACUGGAGAGAUUUUGGCUAUAUUGUGGGUUGGUAACAAGGAAUGUAACAAGGAAUUUUACGCAUGCUUUUUUCCUGUAAUUCAUUGGCUUGCAUUCACAAAUAAUUACCAAGAGCAAAAAAUAAACUGAGACAUCUGAAAGUGUUUUGUAAAUUGUUUGCUGUCUUCUCAAAGUAUUAGAUUUAUAUUGUUCUAUAACAGUGGUUUAAAAAAACAACAACAGAACUUCUUUGCCAGGUAUAGGGCCAUAUAGGACCUUUACUGUGUGCUCCAGCAGUUGUAGCUGUGUAGCUGGACAAUGAACCUUCUUCUCACCCUAAAUUAGCACACCCCUCUUCGUUCAGAGGAGCUGUUUCGGAGCUAACAGCAAAGAUCGCUGCUCUGUGUUUGCAUUGCAGUUUUUAAUGGGAAAUCCUGCUCAACAGCUCCAUUGUUUUCUGGUUUGUCUUGUUCUCAUGUGGCUUUUUUUAGGUCAGUUUUCUGAUGCCUGGCUGUACCCUGGCUUCCCUUAAAAUGAGAUUAACAGGUUGUUUGAGUUGAUUGUGCUUGUUCUUCGUGGCUUAUCGUACAGCGGGGCUCAGUGCAUCUGCAGGCAAGGUUUGGAAGUCAGUUCCCAGAGACCUUGGAAAAGGAGUGAGCCUGCCCUGCGGGGGAGCACCCAGGCGUGGAAAUCAGAGGACACAGUACGUGGGUGUGUUUUUCCUCGCGUGUUUGUAGGAUAUUCAGUGCAGUAGGCCAAACUUUUUUUUUUCCUACCAGUUCUCAUAAAAGCUUUUGCACUAAAUGUGAGACUGCUGAAGGUGCAGAAUGGGAAGGCUCUUAGAGCAGUCACAUUCAGUGGGUGCAGCUGAGAGCUUCUGUAGCACCAGCAUCAGCUUUCAGGGCUUUCUGGGAGUCCCCGUGGAUCUUACUCAGUGUUAUGAAUGCUUGUCCAGGGUUGGUGUGUUUGGAACUUCCAUGCUGGUAACGCAGGAGCAGGAAGGGGGACUGCUGUAUGCCUCCACAGGGGUAGGACUGCAGUGACCAGGGGUAACCAAACUGGACAGCUGGCGUCCUCAGGGCGCUGCUUUUCUCUGUGCAAUCCCCUCCCAAAGGACCUCUUUCCUAGAGGGGAACUAGUCCUGCAUUCAGGAGGUGUUAGAGGUGAAAAUUUCCUUCGGUGAGUGUAGUUUUAUAUUGGUCAAGGCCUUUUUCUUGAGGCAUGUACAGAAUAAAAAUACAUGUAAAUGUUGAGAGGCUUCUUAGUGGCUGUACUACCUUUUAGGCUUUGCUUGCCACUUACCUGAUAAAACACCGUUUAUUUUCUUGAUCUUGUUUGUCAUGUUAUAGGACGCUUUGGCUCCUUCCUAAAAGUAGUUUCUCAAUGCACAGGGACUGUAGGCAGCAUGUAAGAACGCUUGGUAUCAAUACUGGAAACCAAGUAUCGCAGCAGUCUGAUGUGAAGGACGAUUGCAGUAGUAACUAUUUCACAGCUAAAAGGACUGCAGUGGGAGAAUUGCUCACCUGUGUAAUAAGUGUGUCAAAUCACAGAAUCAUCUAGCUAGCAGAAGAGUGUUAUCAAGGAAGCCCAGCUUUCUCCUUGAACUAGUGGGCCAUUAUUUGGAGUUGGAAUUGAAAAAGAAUUGUGAAAUAACCUUGUUAAAGCAAUUCUAGGGCCAAUUUCAUAGGCAGUUUAAAUAAAUCACGUACAUUACUCUGCAAACGUACCUGCAAUUACAAAAUUGUUGCUCGUAAGUGCAGUGCUUUCUGCAGACCUUUUUAGCUGUCACAGUCCCACAUAACAACAAAUUUAGUACCCAGUGACUGGGAGAUGUUACAGAAUGCCUCGCAGCGCAGUCUCUGACUUGUGUUGUGAGUCUGCACUGGGGACUGGGAAGAGAAUAAACACCAAGCAUUGGAUAUUGCAGCCCCUCGUCUCUAACUGGCCACAGAUCAGCAUAGCUGUGCUUAGAAAAACGGAGCUGCUCUGUGCUCUUAGAGGCUCACGGGUCCGCACGGCGAUGAACGCAGGGCCUUGGAUGUGUUUGUGUAGCCCCCUGCGGAGGUGGCACGGAGCAGUGGAGCUGACAAGUCAGCUUUCACUGAGCGUGCAGGCUGGUGUGUGAAGGUACGUAAUCUGUCUGAGGCUACAAAAUCAGAACUGUUUUCAGAGAUGAUUACUCUCAUGAUUGCCACUGUGCUUU